AUGCAUUUACCCUUCAGGUGAGCAUAGAGAAAACAUAGGUGAUGAAGAUUUCUGGCCAGAAGCAACAACAAUAAUCAGCAUAAAUGAGAAGAAUCUGAAAGAAGCAACCUCCUUUACCUACCUACCUACCUACGUACCCAUCGUUUCAUAUACUGGCGGACGUUACGGAUGGGGAUAUCAAAGCAAGGAUCAUCGGGAAAGCAACACAAGCUUUCAUUACUCUCAAGUCUGUGUGGAGAUCAACAGCACUCAACAUCAAAAAUAAUAUCCGGAUUUUCAACUCCAAUGUGAAGUCAGUCAGUACUACUUAACAUAUGGAUCGGUGACUUGCAUUGGGCGUCAUGAGGAGCACCUCAAACAAACUACAGACCUUAAUCAACAGCUGUCUUCGCUCAAUACCACUCAAGAUCAGAUGGCCGGUCAGAAAAGAUCAGCAAUACGCAUCUCUGGGAGCAAACGAGCCCAGCAGGAACCUAUUGUGCAACAAAUAUGCAGGAAGAAAUGGAGGUGGAUUGGAUAGGCCAUACUCUGAGGAAACAAACCAACAAGUGACAUCAGUAGACAAGCCAUUGCUGAAGUGUAACCCGAAAGGGAAGCAGCGAGUUGGUCGUCAGUGUGAAGGUGACUUGGAGGAGGUCAUGUGAAGAGUAUAUGAAGGCAUGUGGAUGGACUUGGAGCCAGGUGAAAACGUUGGCAGAGAACCGAACGCAAUGGAGACGCUCGGCUGAAGCCCUAUGUUCCUC